AUGCUUGAGAAGGAGUUUGAUUUCUUAAAUGAGAAACAACAACAAUCAAAUAGUAUUUCAAGAUAUUGUAAAGUAUACAAUAUUAAACUUCAAGAUAAACUUUCAUCAUUUGUUAAUCAACUUGAAGAAACAACAAAUAGCAAUACAUUAGAUUUAUAUGUAUCUGAAAAUAGUGACCAUGAUUUAACCGUUAUUACUGAAGGAAAAAAUAAUGAAGUUAUACGUAAUGAAUCUUCAAUUUCAAUCCCUUACUCUCAUCCUGUUAUUCGUCAAAAUGCUUAG